AUGUUGUAUAUCGAGGAGCAUGUGCAGAGAACCGGUGUGGCCAUCGAAACCCAGGGGUUCACCUUUGUCACCAGUGGACGAAAGAGGGAAUCUCUUACCGAUCCCCCGAAAGAAGAACGGAGAGGAGGAGCAGAUGUAGAGAUGUCCUUCGAGAGUGGGACAGCUCUUCCCUGCGCACCCCGCGUGAGGAAACUUUUGGCCUGCGAGCUGCCCAGUGAAGGGCUGUCCUCUCGGGACAAAAUCAACGACCGUCUGCUUCUGCCUCCUGUCCACUUGUCAUCCCAGAGGGUGGUGGACUACUUGGGGACAGAGAUCUCUACAUCUCAACAGAAGAAGUUCCCACUGGUAACAUUUGUGGAUACUCCAGGACUGGUCGAUGGGGACAUGAAGUAUCCCUUCGAUGUCAAUCAAACCCUUCAUUGGCUUGGUGAUCUGGCAGAUCUGAUCUUCGUGUUCUUUGAUCCAAUUGGGCAGGCACUUUGCAAACGAACACUGAACAUAGUAGAGAAGCUGAACGAGAAGCACUCUGAACGCAUCCGCUUUUACCUGUCCAAAGCCGAUGAGGCAGGACACGAGGCAGAUCGACAGAGGGUGAUGAUGCAGAUUGUGCAGGAACUAUGUAAAAGGCCUGGAUUGAAUAAGCAAGGCUUUGAUAUGCCUACCAUCUACAUCCCCAAUCCCAACAAGACAGUGAGGUGCAUGAACCAGAUCGAAGAGCCAUGUAGGGACAUAGAGAAGACAAUCAACCAGACGAUCCAGAAUUCACUCAAUGCCGUGGAACGGGACUGUGACACGAUCGCCAAAGUGAUAGACGAACGUCUCGCCUGUGAUGCCCAGGCCCGUUCUCACAACCGUCGCACCCUCGUCAAAAGUUUUGCAUUUGCAUUCCUCAGUGGGUUCUUUCCCUUGAUGCUCGUACUCACUAUGGUAUCACACGGGGUGCUCAAGGGACUCACCCAGAAGACACUCGGCGAGUCUGCUCUCAAUACCCUUCAGGGAUACACCAGCCCUGUGAAGAAGACGUGGAACAUAAUCCCCGAAGAUUACCGCAUGAUAGCCUUGACCAUGAUCUUGGGGUUAUCUUUAGUCCUGUUAUUCCUCAGGCGAUGGCUGCGCAGCCUGCCUACCCUCUCCAAAAAGGAAAAAUCUCACCUUGCCCAGACGAAAGACUACGUCCAGUCUGUCGUCAUGGCCUACAAGGAGAAACUCUAUAAUGAAUAUCUGAGCCAGAGUGUGGCUGACCACGACCUCCUAUGACCAUGGUUAGACCUACAUCUCAUGUCAACUUGUCUUCAAGUACAAAAAGUAGAGGUCCUGCCGGCGCCAUAGUGAGGACCCACCCAAGGAAGAAGGUGACGACAUCGAGGCCUCUGUGCCCGAAUCCUCCGAAUUCUCACAACCUCACUUCUCUUCUAGUAGUAAUAUUUUAUGCAUAUUUUUUUGGUGGGAUAUCAUGACUUUCAAGAUGAAUAUUUGCAUGAAUAUUUUAUGAGGAUAUUUCAAGGAACAUGAAUUCCAGUGCACUGUUGUGUG